GGGAGAGGGGGACAGGGACCAGAAGGUUGGGGGUUAGAUUACAGCCCCACGAUCAGAAUCUUAAAUUACGUACCAAUUCAGAACAAAAGGGAAAUCGAGGCUGGUUUCGGUUGAUUUCUCUUCAAUUUUUCCUACAGGUUUGAGGAUUUUACUCAAAAUCAUUCUACAAGGGAAGAAUCCAUUGCGCACUCAUGGCUUCAGAUUAUGCGUUGAAGGUCCCUGCUGAACUCGAAUCAGCUUUGCGGUUGAAGACUGUUCAAUACUUCAUUACAAAAAGGCCGUGGCUUGAUCUCUAUGGGGUUAAUGUUAGACCUGUUGCGCCAUUUGGAAGUUCCAGUCGUCAGCCAUUUGUUGAUCCAGCAUUAAUACAUCGAUGCUUGCCUGAUGAGCUACUGUUUGAGGUCUUUGCCAGAAUGACGCCUUUUGACCUGGGACGGGCGUCAUGUGUCUGUCGAAAAUGGAGAUACACUAUUCGCAAUCCUGUAUUCUGGCGUGGUGCUUGCUUGAAGGCUUGGCAGCUCUCUGGUGUGGUUGAAAACUACAAGUUUUUGCAUCAUAUGUAUGAUGGGUCUUGGAGAAAAAUGUGGCUUUUACGGCCAAGGAUCCGCACCGAUGGUCUUUACGUUAGCAGGAAUACGUAUAUACGAGCUGGGGUUGCAGAGUGGAAGAUUACCAAUCCAGUUCACCUGGUCUGCUACUUCCGUUACAUCAGAUUUUUUCCUUCUGGGCGGUUUCUCUACAAGAAUUCUUCACAGAAGAUCAAGGAUGUGGCUAAGUGCAUGAACUUUCGUGCUUCAAAAGCAGACUGUAUUUUUGGUGGACACUAUACCUUGUCAGAUGAUAAGGUUGAAGCUGCUGUUUUGUACCCGGGCGCACGUCCUACUGUGCUCAGAAUCCGUAUGAGGCUGAGAGGAACCUCGACAGGGGCUAACAACCGAAUGGAUCUAUUGACCCUCGUUACCAGCGGUAUGAACAAUAAUGAGGUUAGUGAUCCAGAAGAAGAUAUCCUUGGCAUAGUGGAAAGGUGGCGGGAUGAUGAAACGCACAACCCAGAUGUGCCUGCAGUUUCUCAUAAGCGGGGUCUGACACCUUUUAUAUUUGUUCCUUUUGAUCAGGUGGAAACAUCAGAACUAAACUUGCCUGUAGAGAAGAUGGACUAUUUUUUACCUGGCUGAUGCUCCAACUUUACUGCAUCUUUCUGUAUAUAUUAGUCAGUCCAGCCUUAGAGAUCAUAUUUAUUUAUUUAUUUAUUUCCCGGUCGUCUUACAUGCUGCCUGUGUAUAAAUAACGAAGCACGUGAAGUUGCCCGAAAACGUGACAAUUUCUUUGUUUCCUCUCGUUCUUGUUGUAUCAUUGCAGUAUUAUACGAUUGUGUUGCAGAAGCUGCAAAAACGAUGCCCGAGUUUGUUUAUGAACUGAAUGGUACCUUAGAUUGAAGAUUGUAAAUGUUUAAAUGGCUACUAGGCUUGUUUAAGAACA